AUUUAUUUAAUGAUUAUUAAUCCAAGGGCGAAAAACCGAAUGAGAAGCUCUGGACCUUUCGCUAUUGGAGGAGCUGCUCGUCCUGCUACUCCCCAUGGCGGUGCGUUCUGGACGCUUCCGUUGACACACUCUCUCUCUCUCUCUCAUCCUCCGAUUCCCCUCAACCUCUCUCUCUCUCCUCACCCUGUUUCCGCCUCCGAUCUUCUUCCUCCGUCCGCCGCCGCCGCCGCCGCCUCCAUGGUGACUGACGACGACUGCCUCGUCGUUCCCAACGGCAAUGCGUUGAGCAGGAUGGAGGACGAGUACAUCAGAAGACACCAUCUCCACCAAGUUCAGGACAAUCAGUGUAGCUCCUCCCUCGUUAAACACAUCAAAGCUCCUCUCCAUCUCGUGUGGUCGUUGGUGAGGAGAUUUGAUCAACCGCAGAAGUAUAAGCCAUUUGUUAGUAGGUGUAUUGUGCAGGGAGAUCUCGGGAUUGGAAGCCUAAGGGAAGUGAAUGUGAAGUCGGGGCUUCCCGCCACGACUAGCACCGAGAGAUUGGAGCAACUCGACGAUGAGGAGCAUAUCUUAGCCAUGAGAAUUGUAGGUGGAGAUCACAGACUCAAGAACUACUCUUCCACAGUCUCGGUCCAUCCGGAGGUCAUCGACGGGAGACCAGGCACAAUGGUAAUCGAGUCAUUUGUCGUCGACAUUCCAGAAGGCAAUACGAAAGACGAGACAUGCUACUUCAUCGAAGCUCUGAUCAAGUGCAACCUGAAGUCGUUGGCUGAGGUUUCGGAACGGCUGGCUGUGCAAGACCAGACAGAACCAAUUGACAGGAUUUAAGGUGCACAAGCCAAAGCCAAGUCUCUCUGUCUCUCCCUCUUAAGAUGCCAAGAUCCAUGGAGAAAGGAAGGAAGAAGUCAAAAAAAAAAAAAAAAAACUAUUCAUUUUUUCAUCUUUUUCCUAUUCACAUAAGGGGUUUGUAAGUGUUGGUAAAACCUUCUUCUGGCUCAAGUCGAUCUUCCUUCCUGUUCUUGUCAUCCUCUUCUUCCUGAUUUGUCUAUAUCAGCUAACCACUACUGUCAACUUCAUCAUCAUCAUUAUCUAUCUACUUUCUACUGUACUGUCUAUUAUACAGUGUUUUCCAGGAAAAAAGGAAAACCAACCAAACAGUCUCUCUCUCUCUCUCUCUCUCUAGAUUUAUGUUGUCCCUGAUAGCUUUGUUGCUUCAAUAACAGAUUAAGUGUUCAUCUCUGAUUGUAAAUAUUAUUUUCUUUUCUGUGAUGAAGAACUCUUGUAUUUUUUCUGCAUAUUUGUCUUCUCGUGAGCCGA